AUGUCGAUAAGGUUAUAUCCUUUACCAUUUACGAAACUUAUCGGUAGUCCUCGUCCUCCCUCCCCCCCCCCUAAACUCAUUUUUGACUUCUCUUCCUCUCCCUCCUCUCUCUUACUCACUUCCCUCUAUCUCUCUCCCCCUCUCUCUCUCUCUCUCUCUCUCUCUCUUACGCUGAGCCUCUGGUCGGAAAUGCGCCAGAAGAAGCCCACAGGAGGCCCUAAAAUCAACGCCGGAAAGGGGUCAAGAACGGGCGGCGCCACCACCUUGACGACACCUUGUCGGAGGUCUCCUCGGCUGCUUUUGUUGCGGGGGGAACCUGGUGGCCUCGUGGGAUCUUCCAUCUGCGGAAGCACGACAGAGGACGAUGAUGCGGAAGGUCGGGAAUCCUCUUCCAAGAUGCCGCCGAGUUCCCCAUCGGAUUCGGACGGGGAGAGGCCCGCUGCGAGAUUAUCGACGUCCGGUAAGAAUUCAGGUGGAGGAGCUGCCUCGGAGAAGAAUUGCAGGAGGUCCACCAGAUUGAUGGGCACCUCUGGAAGGGGUUUAAAGGUGGAAAUCGUGAACGGGGAUGGUAGAGAAAGGAAGCGCGAGAAAGAGAGGGAUGCUUCUGCGAUUAGGGUACUUCGUGUCAGAAAAUGCCGUCCAUCGACGGAUUCUUCUAAUCAUCCCUUCGAAGACGAGGCCGGCAGCGACGAACCGGAAGAAUGUCUGAGUAGUGCGGUCAAACGGAAGAAGAAGAGAAUCUCUGCGGCUCCGAGGACCAAGAAAGGGGGAGAGAAGAAGGUGAGGCAGACCAAGGAAUUGCAAGAAGGGUUUUCUCCACAGAGAGGAUGCGGGGAAAGCAGUUCUGGAUCUUCGGGCUGGACCUAUGAGCAAGAAAUGGCCUUGCGCAGGGCCUACUUGCUGGCCAAGCCAUCUCCGCAAUUCUGGAAGAAAAUAUCCAAAAUGGUAUGUCUCCCCAUCAAGAUCUUCAAGAUUGUUUUGGUCUCAGACUCAACGAAAUGAAUUGGCUUGAAUUUAUAUUUUUUUAAAAGCUUCUUGGUUGAGCUCGGUAUAGUCUGGAGUCAUUACUAUGCUGAAGAUCUAAUCAGAGAAAUAAUCUAUAGUAUUGUGCAAUCUCAUGCAUCCAGAUCAUGUCCAACUCAACCGAGUGAAUUGGCUUUAAUUUAUUGUGCCGAAGAACUUGUAAUCUACUCAGAGAAAUAAUUUAGAUGAUUUUUCAAUCUCAUGCAUCCAGAUCAUGUCUAACUCAACCGAUUGAAUUGGCUUGAAUUCAUUAUGCCGAAGAACUUGUAAUCUACUCAGAGAAAUAAUUUAGAUGAUUUUUCAAUCUCAUGCAUCCAGAUCAUGUCUAACUCAACCGAGUGAAUUGGCUUGAAUUCAUUAUGCUGAAGAACUUGUAAUCUACUCAGAGAAAUAGUUUAGAUGAUUUUGCAAUCUCAUACAUCCAGAUUAUCUCAGUCUCAACCCAAUGAUUUGGGUUAAAUUGUAUUAAGCUGAAGAACUUGUAAUCUACUAAGAGAAAUAAUUCAAAUGAUAUCGCUCUCUCCAGUAUGCAACUAAUACAGGUAAAUUACCAUGUUUGCUGCUCCAUGAUGAUCUGAUGAUCAUUCCCAUGGAACCCGAUCCCAAGGACAUUUCAUGAUUAGUCUGUUUGUUGGUUCUUCCACCCUCAGGUGCCUGGGAGGUCUGCACAAGAAUGCUUUGACAGAAUGCAUUCCAAACUUACAACCCCUGCUCAGCUGCCGCCCCGUUCAAGGGUGAAGCUGCCCGCCGACCUCUCUCCCCUUCCCUGCGGUGACCUGUUCGGCAAGAACUCUAAGCGGCCGAAGAACAGCAGGAGGAAAGACCACCUUGGGAGCAAGGCAGUGAGGCAUAUGCUGAGGAAGCACUCUGUCGUUGACCAAGCUCAGGAAGUUGACCUGUUCUCUGUUCUCGAGACCUCCCAAAAUGCAUUUCCACAGGUCCCGAGAAUCCCUUCCGAGAAGGAACCCAUGACAGAUUCCCCAAGGCUUGUUCAAGGCAAAGGGGGGGAUCUCUCAGGUGGCAAGAAGAAGAUUCUCUCAAGAUGCUCUCAGGUGAGCCCGGAGGUGCUGAGGCCGAUCAAGAACAUCUUGUUGCACGAGAGGUACAUCGAUCAACUCCAUUGCAGGGAGGCGGUGAGGAGGAGAACGCAUUGUGAAAGGAGAAUGCAUUGUGUCGGCUUAGAAAAUGGGAAGGAGAAUGUGGUCAACUCUGCCAAGAGUGCCCUCAUCUCUGAUGCUCGGGAGAUUAUCCACCAGUUUGGGUAUUCGCUGGCGGCCCCCUCAAGCAAGUUUGUAGACACUGAUGAGGAAGAAGAAGAAGAAGAAGUCGAAGAUGAUGCUUAA